AUGACAUUUCCGUCAAGCGUCUUAAUAACAGGAGCUGGACGAGGCAUUGGCCUUGGUCUAGUGAAAGAGUUCUUGAAAAACGAUCAAGUGAAACACGUUUUUGCGGCAGUGAGAUGUCCGACGAAAGCUGAUGAGUUGACAAAACUGAACGAUGAUCGACUUCAUGUCAUUAAAAUGGAUGUUCUCUAUGAUGAGUCGAUUUUAGAGGCUUUUCAAAAAGUUGAAGAAAUUUGCGGCGAGCAUGGCCUCAAUCUGCUCGUCAACAACGCGGGAAUUUGGGUCGAGUACGAACUCUCCGACGGUCCGAAGAGGGAUAUGUUGAGGAAAAUUUUGGAUACAAAUGCCGCCUCGCCUUUAAUCGUUUCACAGGUAUUUUUGCCACUUCUUCGUCGCGCUGCCUCGAAAAGUCCUGAGACUGAAUGGGGAAUACAAAAAGCUUCCAUAGUAAACAUCAGCUCUGGAAUGGGCUCAAUCAGCGAGAAUAUGACUGGCAGCGGGUGCUCGAAAUCAAUCGCCUAUCGAAUGAGCAAGGAAAUCAACCAAAUGACUCGAACGCUGGCUAUCGAUUUGGAGCCCGAUGGGAUCAUGGUGGUGUCCUGGUGCCCGGGAUGGGUGAAAACCGAUAUGGGAGGACUAGAGGCUGAGAUUACGGUUGAUGAAUCGGCCAUCGAUUUCAUGCAAACUCUUUCGCAUUUUGGAAAAGAGAACACUGGUGGAUAUGUGAGGAGACACGGGGACUCAAUUGAUUAU